AUGGAGCGUCCACAGACUCAGGACGGGCAGGACCAUCCCAGUCUUCAAGUCAUGGUGCUAAAACAGAGGCCUGACACGGGCUCUAAAGAUGUGAUCGAGGGCACAAAAGAAGUGAUCGAGGGCACUAAAUAUGUGACCGAGGGCUCUAAAGAUGUGGCCGAGGGCACUAAAGAUGUGACCGAAGGCACUAAAGAUGUGACCGAGGGCUCUAAAGAUGUGAUCGAGGGCUCUAAAGAUGUGACCGAAGCCACUAAAGAUGUGACCGAGGGCUCUAAAGAUGUGAUCGAGGGCUCUAAAGAUGUGAUCGAGGGCACUAAAGAUGUGAUCGAGGGCACUAAAGAAGUGAUCGAGGGCUCUAAAGAUGUGAUCGAGGGCUCUAAAGAUGUGAUCGAGGGCACUGAAGAUGUGACCGAGGGCACUAAAGAAGUGAUCGAGGGCUCUAAAGAUGUGACCGAGGGCUCUAAAGAUGUGAUCGAGGGCACUAAACAUGUGACCGAGGGCUCUAAAGAAGUGACCGAGGGCACUAAAGAAGUGAUCGAGGGCUCUAAAGAAGUGAUCGAGGGCUCUAAAGAUGUGACCGAAAGCUCUAAAGAUGUGAUCGAGGGCUCUAAACAUGGCUCUAAAGAUGUGACCGAGGGCACUAAAGAUGUGACCGAAGGCACUAAAGAUGUGAUUGAGGGCUCUAAAGAAGUGAUUGAGGGCUCUAAAGAUGUGAUCGAGGGCUCUAAAGAUGUGAUCGAGGGCACUGAAGAUGUGACCGAGGGCACUAAAGAAGUGAUCGAGGGCUCUAAAGAUGUGAUCGAGGGCUCUAAAGAUGUGACCGAGGGCUCUAAAGAUGUGAUCGAGGGCACUGAAGAAGUGAUCGAGGGCUCUAAAGAUGUGAUCGAGGGCUCUAAAGAUGUGAUCGAGUGCUCUAAAGAUGUGAUCGAGGGCACUAAAGAAGUGAUCGAGGGCUCUAAAGAUGUGACCGAGGGCACUGAAGAUGUGACCGAGGGCUCUAAAGAUGUGACCGAGGGCACUAAAGAUGUGACCGAGGGCUCUAAAGAAGUGACCAAGGGGUCUAAAGAUGUGAUCAAGGGCACUGAAGAUGUGACCGAGGGCUCUAAAGAAGUGACCGAGGGCUCUAAAGAUGUGAUCGAGGGCACUAAACAUGUGACCGAGGGCUCUAAACAUGUGACCGAGGGCUCUAAAGAAGUGACAGAGGGCACUAAAGAAGUGACCGAGGGCUCUAAAGAUGUGACCGAGGGCUCUAAAGAUGUGACCGAAAGCUCUAAAGAUGUGAUCGAGGGCUCUAAACAUUGCCCGUCAGUGCCUGUCAGAGGCCGUCAGAGCCCGUCAGAACCCGUCAGUGCCCGUCAGAGCCCGUCAGUGUCCGUCAGAGCCCGUCAGAGCCCGUCAGAGCCCGUCAGUGCCCGUCAGAGCCCGUCAGUGCCCGUCAGUGCCCGUCAGAGCCCGUCAGUGUCCGUCAGUGUCCGUCAGAGCCCGUCAGAGCCCGUCAGAGCCCGUCAGAGCCCGUCAGAGCCCGUCAGAGCCCGUCAGAGCCCGUCAGAGCCCGUCAGUGUCCGUCAGAGCCCGUCAGUGCCCGUCAGAGCCCGUCAGGUGCCCGUCAGUGCCCGUCAGAGCCCGUCAGUGUCCGUCAGAGCCCGUCAGUGCCCGUCAGUGCCCGUCAGUGUCCGUCAGAGCCCGUCAGUGCCCGUCAGAGCCCGUCAGAGCCCGUCAGUGCCCGCCAGUGCCCGCCAGUGCCCGUCAGUGUCCGUCAGAGCCCGUCAGUGCCCGUCAGAGCCCGUCAGAGCCCCUCAGUGCCCGUCAGAGCCCGUCAGUGUCCGUCAGAGCCCGUCAGUGUGCCCGUCAGAGCCCGUCAGAGCCCGUCAGAGCCCGUCAGUACCCGUCAGAGCCCGUCAGUGCCCGUCAGUGCCCGUCAGUGCCCGUCAGAGCCCGUCAGUGCCCGUCAGUGCCCGUCAGAGCCCGUCAGUGCCCGCCAGUGCCCGCCAGUUCCCGUCAGUGUCCGUCAGAGCCCGUCAGUGCCCGUCAGAGCCCGUCAGAGCCCGUCAGUGUCCGUCAGAGCCCUCAGUGCCCGUCAGAGCCUGUCAGUGUCCGUCAGAGCCCCUCAGUGCCCGUCAGAGCCCGUCAGUGUCCGUCAGAGCCCCUCAGUGCCCGUCAGUGCCCGUCAGAGCCCGUCAGUGUCCGUCAGAGCCCGUCAGUGCCCGUCAGUGCCCGUCAGUGUCCGUCAGAGCCCGUCAGUGCCCGUCAGAGCCCGUCAGAGCCCGUCAGUGCCCGCCAGUGCCCGCCAGUGCCCGUCAGUGUCCGUCAGAGCCCGUCAGUGCCCGUCAGAGCCCGUCAGAGCCCCUCAGUGCCCGUCAGAGCCCGUCAGUGUCCGUCAGAGCCCGUCAGUGCCCGUCAGAGCCCGUCAGAGCCCGUCAGAGCCCGUCAGUACCCGUCAGAGCCCGUCAGUGCCCGUCAGUGCCCGUCAGUGCCCGUCAGAGCCCGUCAGUGCCCGUCAGUGCCCGUCAGAGCCCGUCAGUGCCCGCCAGUGCCCGCCAGUUCCCGUCAGUGUCCGUCAGAGCCCGUCAGUGUCCGUCAGAGCCCGUCAGUGCCCGUCAGAGCCCGUCAGAGCCCGUCAGAGCCCGUCAGUGCCCGUCAGUGCCCGUCAGAGCCCGUCAGUGUCCGUCAGAGCCCCUCAGUGCCCGUCGGAGCCUGUCAGAGCCCGUCAGUGCCCGUCAGAGCCCGUCAGAGCCCGUCAGUGUCCGUCAGAGCCCCUCAGUGCCCGUCGGAGCCCGUCAGAGCCCGUCAGUGUCCGUCAGAGCCCGUCAGAGCCCGUCAGAGCCCGUCAGUGCCCGUCAGAGCCCGUCAGUGUCCGUCAGAGCCCGUCAGAGCCCGUCGGAGCCGGUCAGAGCCCGUCAGUGCCCGUCAGAGCCCGUCAGUGCCCGUCAGAGCCCGUCAGAGCCCGUCAGUGUCCGUCAGAGCCCCUCAGUGCCCGUCGGAGCCCGUCAGAGCCCGUCAGUGCCCGUCAGAGCCUGUCAGUGUCCGUCAGAGCCCCUCAGUGCCCGUCAGAGCCCGUCAGUGUCCGUCAGAGCCCGUCAGAGCCCGUCAGUGCCCGUCAGUGCCCGUCAGAGCCCGUCAGAGCCCGUCAGUGUCCGUCAGAGCCCCUCAGUGCCCGUCGGAGCCUGUCAGAGCCCGUCAGUGCCCGUCAGAGCCCGUCAGAGCCCGUCAGUGUCCGUCAGAGCCCCUCAGUGCCCGUCGGAGCCCGUCAGAGCCCGUCAGUGUCCGUCAGAGCCCGUCAGAGCCCGUCAGAGCCCGUCAGUGCCCGUCAGAGCCCGUCAGUGCCCGUCAGAGCCCGUCAGUGCCCGUCAGAGCCUGUCAGUGUCCGUCAGAGCCCUCAGUGCCCGUCAGAGCCCGUCAGUGUCCGUCAGAGCCCCUCAGUGCCCGUCAGAGCCCGCCAGUGUCCGUCAGAGCCCGUCAGUGCCCGUCAGUGCCCGUCAGUGUCCGUCAGAGCCCGUCAGUGCCCGUCAGAGCCCGUCGGAGCCCGUCAGUGCCCGCCAGUGCCCGCCAGUGCCCGUCAGUGUCCGUCAGAGCCCGUCAGUGCCCGUCAGAGCCCGUCAGAGCCCCUCAGUGCCCGUCAGAGCCCGUCAGUGUCCGUCAGAGCCCGUCAGUGCCCGUCAGAGCCCGUCAGAGCCCGUCAGUACCCGUCAGAGCCCGUCAGUGCCCGUCAGUGCCCGUCAGUGCCCGUCAGAGCCCGUCAGUGCCCGUCAGUGCCCGUCAGAGCCCGUCAGUGCCCGCCAGUGCCCGCCAGUUCCCGUCAGUGUCCGUCAGAGCCCGUCAGUGUCCGUCAGAGCCCGUCAGAGCCCGUCAGAGCCCGUCAGAGCCCGUCAGUGCCCGUCAGAGCCCGUCAGAGCCCGUCAGUGUCCGUCAGAGCCCCUCAGUGCCCGUCGGAGCCUGUCAGAGCCCGUCAGUGCCCGUCAGAGCCCGUCAGAGCCCGUCAGUGUCCGUCAGAGCCCCUCAGUGCCCCGUCGGAGCCCGUCAGAGCCCGUCAGUGUCCGUCAGAGCCCGUCAGAGCCCGUCAGAGCCCGUCAGUGCCCGUCAGAGCCCGUCAGUGUCCGUCAGAGCCCGUCAGAGCCCGUCGGAGCCUGUCAGAGCCCGUCAGUGCCCGUCAGAGCCCGUCAGAGCCCGUCAGUGUCCGUCAGAGCCCCUCAGUGCCCGUCGGAGCCCGUCAGAGCCCGUCAGUGCCCGUCAGUGCCCGUCAGAGCCUGUCAGUGUCCGUCAGAGCCCCUCAGUGCCCGUCAGAGCCCGUCAGUGUCCGUCAGAGCCCGUCAGAGCCCGUCAGUGCCCGUCAGUGCCCGUCAGAGCCCGUCAGAGCCCGUCAGUGUCCGUCAGAGCCCCUCAGUGCCCGUCGGAGCCUGUCAGAGCCCGUCAGUGCCCGUCAGAGCCCGUCAGAGCCCGUCAGUGUCCGUCAGAGCCCCUCAGUGCCCGUCGGAGCCCGUCAGAGCCCGUCAGUGA